CGAGAUACCUUUGCUAUAGUCCCGUUUUAUUUAGAUCGAUUUUAUCUUCUAAAAAAAUAGACUAUAGUAGUUUGUACACGAACAGUAUCGUAUUGUUAGUAUGUGAAUUAUGUGAUUGCUACUAAAAGAUUAGUUGUCGUCUGCCAUAACAUAACCUUAUUUACAUUUUAAAGGCAAUUGAAUCAUGUCAGAAAUUGAGGAAGCAGCACCAGAAGCUGCAGAAGCAGCUAUUGAACAGGAUGUUGUGUCUGAAGAAGAUAAACAAUACUUAAUGGAAUAUGUAAAAGAAACAGAACAACGGCUUGCUACAAAAGAAGAAAUUCGAGCAUCUAAUUUAAACCCUAAUAGACCACCAGACACAUAUUUUAGCAAAUUAGAUUCAACCCUGAAAAGAAACACAACAUUUGUGAAAAAACUAAAAAACUUUAGUAGUAUACAGUUAGAUACAGUUUUAAAAGACAUGAUGCAUUUAAAUUUAACAAAAUAUGUAAGCGAAGUUGCUACUGCUUUAGUGGAUGCCAAGUUAAAAAUGACAGAUGUUGCGCCUGCUAUUAAAGUAUGUAGCUUUUUACAUCAAACAUAUGCAGAAUUCUCUACGCAUUUUUUUGAAAAUUGGCAAAGAAUUUUAUCUCUGAAAGUUGUAGAUAAAAUUGCAAAUCCGAGCAAACUUAGAGUAGAUCUCCGAUUUUAUGCAGAGCUGGUUAAUGCAGGAAUUUUCACGCAUAAACAAGGAUUAUCUCUACUUGGUUCAGCAUUAACAGUUUUGAUUAAUAUGGAUAAAGAAGAACACAACAAUGCAAGCAUUAUAUUAAGUUUUUGCAAACACUGUGGUGAAGAUUAUGCAGGUCUUGUACCUAAACGAGUAAGGGAAAUAUCAGAAAAAUUAAAUGUACCAAUUCCUAAAAGCAAAUUACUUUCACCUGAUAAACAACAAAAUGUUAGAUUACUACUACGAGAUUAUUAUAACUCGUUAUGCAAGCACUUAUUAAAGGAACACAAAGAUCUUCAAGCAUUUGAAAAACAAAACCGAAAAAUAUUACAAACCAGAGGUGAACUAAGUUCUGAAAGAAAAGAAAAACUUGAAAGUCUUCAAGUAUCUUAUGAACGUUUGCUUAAUAAUGUACAAAGUUUUUCUGAUACUUUGGAUGAACCUAUGCCAGAACUUCCUGUUGAUAGCGAAAUGAAAGCAGAAGCAGAGGAAACCUUGAAAAUGAUUAGCGAAGGGGAGGAAAAUAGUAUCUUAGAAGACAUGUGGGGAGAUGACGAAACUAGGCGAUUCUAUGAAGUUUUACCAGACUUGACGGUAUUUCUUCCAGGAUCAUAUUUAAAAGAAGUACCUAAACAAGAUGCCCCAAUAAGCGAAGAAGCUUUAGAUGAAGAAGUAACAUUUGAUGAAUUAGAAGAGACUGAAAAAGUGGAUGAACCUGAAGCAGAAGUGGAUGAGCCUCAAGUUUCAAACAUAAGUAAUAAAAUACUUUUGGAUGCAUUCCUAACUCAUUUACCAAAUUGUGUAAAUCGUGAAAUGAUUGACAAUGCUGCAGUACACUUUUUAAUGAAUCUCAGCACAAAACAUAAUAAGAAAAAAUUAGUAAAAGCGUUAUUUGGUGUGUCCAGAAUUCGUUUAGAUCUACUACCAUUUUAUUCACGGUUGGCUGCUAUUCUUUAUCCUGUUAUGCCUGAUGUUGGAAAUGAUUUAUGUUUAAUGUUAAAGCAUGACUUUAAAUACCACGUACGCAAAAAGGAUCAAAUCAACAUAGAAUCAAAAGUAAAAGUUGUCAGAUACAUUGGUGAACUUGUAAAAUUUAAACUUUACUCGAAGAUAGAAGCAUUAUAUUGCUUAAAAGUUUUGUUAUAUGAUUUCACUCAUCAUCAUAUCGAAAUGGCUUGCAAUUUAUUAGAAACAUGUGGAAGAUAUUUAUUUUGUUCACCAGAUUCGCAUCAAAGAACAAAAGUAUAUUUAGAACAAAUGAUGCGUAAAAAGGCGGUCACUGCAUUGGAUUCGCGUUAUGUAACAAUAAUUGAGAAUGCAUAUUAUUUUGUAAAUCCACCAGAAUCUACGGGUGGUGUCUCUCGAAAGGAUAGACCGCCGAUUCACGAAUUUAUAAGAAAAUUACUAUAUCAGGAUCUUUCCAAGACAAAUACCGAUAAAGUUCUUAAAUGGAUGCGUAAAUUAGACUGGGAAGACGAAAGCGUAUCAUCUUACGCCAUUAAAUGUCUUACUGCCGCUUAUAACGUUAAAUAUUUAAAUAUUCGAUGCGUCGGAAGUUUAUUAGCAGGACUUGUUGCGCAUUAUGAAACUAUAGGUCCUCAUGUAGUCGAUGGUGUAUUGGAAGAUAUAAGGCUAUGCAUGGAAAUUAAUUUACCAAAAUUUAAACAACGUCGUAUUGCUAUGGUUAAAUAUCUUGGAGAAUUGUAUAAUUAUCGUAUGGUAGAAAGCGGAGAUAUAUUUCGAACAUUGUAUCUUCUGAUUACUUUUGGAGUCAGUAUGGAUCAUUCCGCGCCAAGUAUCCUCGAUCCACCCGAUCAUUUGUUUAGAAUUCGAUUAGUCUGUACAUUAUUAGAAACCUGUGGACAAUAUUUUAAUGGUGGUUCUAGCAAGAAAAAACUUGAUUAUUUUUUGAUAUUUUUUCAAAAUUAUUAUUGGUUUAAAUAUACAGAUCCUAUUUGGACUUCCGAAAAUCCUUUUCCAGUAGGUAUAGAUUAUAUGUAUCGCGACACGCUAACAAUGCUAAGACCUAAAAUGCAAUUGUUCCAAAGUUACAAAGAAGCCCAAUGUGCUGUGGAGGAAUUACGAAAUACAUUAUACCCCACACUUGGAAAUCCUAUUGCAGAAGAUGGUGCUGAUCGUACCGAUGGAGACUCUGAUAUGGGUGUAAUUGCAGAAGGAGAUGAAGAAUUAACUGUCACCACUGGAAAUGGCAGUGGAGAUGCAAAGGGUGUGGCCGAUUUACAUUUUGAAGAGUCUGAAGAUUGUUCUGAGGCACAAUCGGAAGAAGAAUGGACCGCUGACGCGGAAAGAGACGAUACUAUGGGUACUCAAGAAAAUACACAAGGAGAUCAAAGUCUUUCAGAAGGUGGUACGGAUGGUGUUCUUAUGGAUGUUACAGAAUUAAAUGCAGCAUUACCAGCUGGUCCUAGAAGAGUAAGUUGCCCAGAAGACGACGACUUUUUGUCUGCUCUCGAUAAAAUGGUCUCGGAUAAUAUACAAGAUAGAAUGCGAGAUUCGGUAAAACCUCAACAAGUAGAUAUUUCAGUUCCUUUACAUGUAAAAAGUACUAAGAAAACAUAUGAACAAUUGCAAGAAAGACCUACUGAUAAUAGUACAGUCGACUUUGUGCUUAUGCUAAGAAAAGGUAAUAAACAACAGUAUAAAAACUUAGCAGUUCCUGUGUCGUCAGAAUUGGCGAUGAAUCUCAGAAAUCGGGAACAAGAACAAAAAGAAGAAAAAGAACGAGUUAAAAGAUUGACAUUAAAUAUUACAGAAAGACAAGAGGAAGAAGAUUAUCAAGAAACAAUUAAUCAAAGUACUAGACCAGUGACAGUAAAUUUAAAUAGAGAACGGCGUCAAAAGUAUAAUCACCCUAAAGGUGCACCGGAUGCAGAUCUUAUUUUCGGCCCAAAAAAGAUUCGAUAGAUUCAUUUAAUUAUUCUUGAAAGAAUACAUGAAAUAUUAUAAAAUCAAGUCAUUUAUACAUAAAAUUGCAAAUUAUACGAUCUCUGUAUUUGCUGCAUAGAAUGUACAGCAGAAUAUUGUUUCUUUAUUUUUAGUUUGAAAUUCACAUCUGUCUGCUCUUAAUACAGAUUCUCACUCGUAUGUGAUUUUUAUUAUAAGGAAUAUUGUUUUAUAAGUAUAUUAGAAAUGUACGAAUGUGUCAUAUGUGUUAUGUAUUGCAGUAUAUUUAAAUGAAAAA